AUGAGUGUUCAGACUACAGAGGAUUGGUUCGAGCUUCUUGCUACCGGAGAUAUCAUCAGUAUAAUGUGCUACUUGCCGACCUUCGCUAGGACACCCAAUAGGAACGGAGAGACAGGGCUUAUGAUGGCUGUGCGCCGGUCAGAUACCCAGCUAAUCAGAUUGUUGAGUGAGUUCGAGUCGCGUAUACGAAGCCGAGACGGACAAACAGCACUAACAAUUGCAAUAAUGCUUUCCAAGAUUGAGGCCGUGGAGAUCUUGGUUGAACGUGAAAUAGACAUUCCAACAAAACAAGGGAAUUACCCUCGCAUGGUAGCUUGCAGAUAUAAUGACACCCGCAUUUUGCGUCUUCUUCUGGAUAGCAAGACGGUGUAUCAGGGUGCUAACGGACGAACAGCUCUUAUGAUAUGUGCACAGCUGGGAAAUCUGGAUGGAGCGCGUUUGCUGGUUAAUAGCGAGGCUGCUAAGCAAUCAGAUAGAGGAUUCACUGCAUCGAUGUAUGCGAGUUUCUACAAUCACGAAGAUAUUGUUAAGCUUCUUCUGCCCUUUGAAGAAAAAAAGCAAGCACACGGCGGCAUUACAUCUCUGAUGAUUGCUGCACGACAACGGAAUAGACAAAUUGUGAAGCUGCUGGCUCAGCAAGAGUCUGGACUAACAUCAUAUACUGGCAACACGGCUUUGAUGCUAGCCUCGGAGCAGGGAUAUGAAGAUAUAGCAGAGUUGUUAAUAGAGUUUGAAGCUGGACAGGCGAAUACUGAGGGGGUAACGGCGUUGAUGUUUGCCGUUCGGACCCAUUGUUCAAAGUUGGUCAGAGCUCUGAUUUCUAAAGAGGCAGGAAUGCAAACGCGCAAGGGGAUCACCGCAUUAAUGGUUGCUGCUCAACACAAUAAUGUCGAUUUUGUAAGCCUCUUAAUUCCUUACGAGGCUCGAAUGAUAGACAGAGAGGGCAGAACAGCAUUAAUGCGUGGCGCCAGACGAGGGUCUCUAGAAGCAUGCGCAUUGCUCCUGGAGCUGGAGAGCAUGAUCUUAGAUGGUGCAGGAAGAUCCUUCCAUGAUUAUGUUCAGGCUGGUAAGCAAGCCCGUGACGACAAUUUGCAGCUAUCAGGUUUGCAGCAUGCAUAG